GUAAGAGAGUGUAGGUGUUCCUCGAGAGAAGUGCGUGCGCUCGGGGACGACGUGCAGGAGGAGGGACCCCCGUCUGUCUGUCUGCUGGAAUGCACGAGGGCCGAAUGGCUACGGGGACAGGGGAAGGUGGGGGCCACACGGCCCUCGAGAACACCACCACGACGGCCCUUACGGAAUCAUCGUCUUCCUCCUCCUCGUUACCGACCAUCCUGACCGAAAACACCACGGCUAAUCUGCCUCUGACGGGACCUCAACAGCAGAACCUUCAUCAGGUACAACAGCAACAGGCACAGCAACAGCAGCAGCAGCAGCAGCAGCAGCAGCAGCAGCACUCACAACCACGGGUUAGCUUGAUCACUGAUCUGCCAGUAAACGAUGCCUCAGGUCCCAAAACGCCAAAAUGCGGCGUAGAACAGCCAUAUCCACGGGUGGAGCCCAUCGCGCGGCUCCUUCCCCUUCCACGCAGCCCCCUCUUUUCCCUUUACGCGGCGUAGUCGAGAGAGAAAGACGUCAGUGUAGUGGAGAGCGUAGAGGAGAGCAGAUCGGGGCAUGUGCGUCGUCGUUGAACGCGCAGCCUAGUGGCAGCAGAGUGGGGGAAGCUCUUCGGGCGCCUCUGCUGGCUCGUGGACAGGCCCGUUAUACC